AUGUGUAACAUCCACUUUGAACUAUCCAGUUUAUGGCCACUUCUCUAUGGUACUAGUUGUUGCUUCAUUGAAUUUGCUUCAUUAAUAGGAUCACGAUUUGACUUUGAUCGUUAUGGACUGGUACCACGGUCGAGUCCUAGGCAGGCAGACCUUAUUUUAACAGCGGGCACCGUAACUAUGAAAAUGGCUCCUUCUUUAGUUCGAUUAUAUGAGCAAAUGCCCGAACCAAAAUAUGUUAUUGCUAUGGGAGCCUGUACAAUUACAGGAGGGAUGUUCAGUACCGAUUCUUAUAGUACUGUUCGGGGCGUGGAUAAACUAAUUCCUGUGGAUGUCUAUUUGCCAGGCUGUCCACCUAAACCGGAAGCCGUUAUAGAUGCUAUAACAAAACUUCGUAAGAAAAUAUCUCGAGAAAUCUAUGAAGAUCUAAUUUGUUAUCAACGAGAGAAUAGGUCACCAGGAGGACUAUUAGCUAGUGUCUAUCAUCUUACGAGAAUAGAGUAUAGUCUAGAUCAACCCGAAGAGGUAUGCAUAAAAGUAUUUGUCCCAAGGCAAAAUCCGAGAAUUCCUUCUAUUUUCUGGGUUUGGAAAAGUGCUGAUUUUCAAGAAAGGGAAUCUUAUGAUAUGUUAGGAAUCUCUUAUGAUAAUCAUCCGCGUCUGAAACGUAUUUUAAUGCCCGAAAGUUGGAUAGGAUGGCCUUUGCGUAAAGAUUAUAUCGCCCCCAAUUUUUAUGAAAUACAGGAUGCUCACUAA